CGCAAAACUGGAGGCUCCUCCGCUGCGGAGAGAGGAACAGAGAGGAGGGGGGGAGGCAGAGGGUGAUCAUCACUCCACAGCGCAGCAGCAUCAUGGCUCCUAUCGGAUUAAAGGCGGUGGUCGGAGAAAAGAUUAUGAAUGAUGUGAUCAAGAAGGUGAAGAAGAAGGGAGAGUGGAAGGCGCUGAUUGUGGACCAGCUGAGCAUGAGGAUGUUGUCCUCCUGCUGCAAGAUGACAGACAUCAUGACGGAGGGCAUUACAAUUGUGGAGGAUAUCAACAAACGGCGGGAGCCUCUCCCCAGCCUGGAGGCCAUUUACCUGAUUACACCUACAGAGAAGUCUGUCAACACCCUCAUUGCAGACUUCAAAGACCCACAUUCGUCCAAAUACAAGGCAGCCCACGUGUUCUUCACAGACUCAUGCCCUGACCCUCUCUUCAAUGAGGUGGUCAAAAGCCGUGCUUCCAAAGUGGUGAAGACGCUGACAGAGAUCAACAUCGCAUUCCUGCCCUACGAGUCUCAGGUGUACUCUUUGGACAACCCAGACGCUUUCCACAGUUUUUACAGCCCUCAUAAGACCCAGCUGAAGAACCCGGUGAUGGAGAGGCUGGCCGAGCAGUUGGCCACGCUCUGCGCCACCCUGAAAGAGUACCCUGCUGUCAGAUACAGAGGAGAGUACAAAGACAACGCCACCCUGGCUCAGCUGGUUCAAGACAAACUGGAUGCUUACAAGGCUGAUGACCCCACCAUGGGAGAGGGUCCAGACAAAGCCCGCUCACAGCUGAUCAUCCUGGACCGGGCCUUUGACCCCGUGUCACCUGUCCUGCAUGAGCUUACCUUCCAGGCCAUGGGCUAUGACCUACUGCCCAUCGAAAACGACGUCUACAAGUAUGAUACCAGCGGCAUUGGGGACUCUCGUACCAAAGAGGUUCUCCUGCAUGAAGAUGAUGACCUGUGGGUGAGCCUGAGACACAAACACAUAGCUGAGGUGUCCCAGGAAGUGACGCGCCAACUGAAGGAGUUCUCCGCCAGCAAGAGGAUGAACACCGGGGAAAAGACCACUAUGAGGGAUCUGUCACAGAUGCUGAAGAAGAUGCCUCAGUACCAAAAAGAGCUCAGUAAGUACUCAACCCACCUGCAGCUGGCUGAGGACUGCAUGAAGCACUAUCAGGGAACGGUGGACAAGCUGUGCCGCGUAGAGCAGGAUUUGGCAAUGGGCACAGACGCUGAGGGAGAGAAGAUCAAAGACCCCAUGAGGGCCAUCGUGCCCAUCCUGCUGGAUGCCAACGUCACCACAUACGACAAGAUCCGCAUCAUCCUGCUCUACAUCUUCCUCAAGAAUGGAAUCACGGAGGAGAACCUGAACAAGCUGAUCCAACACGCUCAGAUUCCCCCGGAGGACAGUGAGAUCAUCACCAACAUGGCUCACCUGGGCGUCCCUAUCAUCACAGAUUCGACCCUCCGUCGGGGGAAGAAGAUGGACAGGAAGGAGCGUGUGAGCGAGCAGACCUAUCAGCUGUCCCGCUGGACGCCACUGGUCAAAGACAUCAUGGAGGACGCCAUUGAAGAUAAGCUGGACACCAAACACUAUCCCUACAUCUCUACUCGCUCCUCCGCCUCGUUCAGCACCACCGCAGUCAGUGCUCGGUAUGGACACUGGCACAAGAACAAGACACCUGGAGAGUACCGCACCGGACCACGGGUCAUGGUCUUCAUCCUCGGUGGUGUGUCCUUCAGCGAGAUGCGCUGUGCCUAUGAAGUCACACAGGCCAAUGGGAAGUGGGAAGCUAUCAUCGGAUCGACCAGCAUCUUCACCCCCACCACCCUUCUGGAACAGCUGAAGGCCAUGAACAAACCAGACGAGGAAGUGGCGAGCUAAGAUCAUCCAACCACAUCUCUAUGCUCUGGUCCUCAAAGCCCCGCCUCCCUGUUUUACCGCCAAAACUCCCCCAACCAGAUCCUUUAUGUGUAUGCAUCUUGCUUGAAAAUAAAAAGUUAGAUUCUAAAAUAUAAACAUAUAUGUCUUAUGAGAGAAUAAACUGUUGGUAUUCUAAUGUUUUUGCAACCUAAAAGAUUUAGUAAGAACUGAAUAUCAGAAGAGAGUUUGAAACAGAAAGUACCAAAACGGCACAUUGUUCCCCCUCUGGGUCGUCUGCCGCUCUCCGAGGGGAUCAUGCUGUAAAAUAAAUCCGUCUCCAUGCAAUGUGUGUGUAAACAAAAAGUUCCCGCCCAUUUUGGUGUUCAGUAGCAUGCUUGGAUUUGUCUUUGUUUCAGGUGUGAGUGUUGUUUUUUAAAUGUUCAGGUUGAAUACGCCAACAACACGUUUUGAGUCUCUAGGACGGGGAAUAUCCUGCUGGAGAAUGUGCACAUCUGAAGAGGGAACAUCCUUACCCGGGUUAUGUGGGGGCGCUCCCAAAUGUUGCUUUCUGUGGCGAAGCUGAACGUCUGUGACGUGAGAGCAAUGUUUGAUCCCCCUCCUCUGAAGAAGCACAGAGUCGGACAGAGAAGAAUAAUAGCUGAAGUGGAUUUCCGAUCAUUGGUAGAGGUCAUCACAGAGACUGAUACUCAAAACAUAGUCGUGGGUCGAAGUAUUCAGUGAAAACACUUGUUUGAGGAACAUAAAACAGCCCCGUUCUGCCCUUCAGUCUGGCUCUUUAGACUGUUUUUUUCGUAGCACUUUCCCUGAACUUUUCAAACACUCCACAUCCUAAAUGUUGAAGGCCAUUGCUUGCCGAUAUUUAAAAAGGGCCGUUUGUAUUUCAGUAUUGUAUCCUGUCGGAUCCCGUCAUGGUCCUUGGCGGCGUUGGUUGGGCCAUGCUCGGGGUAGUGCUGUGUAUUUGUUGCGUCUUUGCUGUUGAAUGGUGACUUUCCCGGCUUGCUGUAGUAAAACUUUUCCUUUAAAAUGCCAAACGUGAAGCCGCUGUGUUUGUGGUGCUUUAGCUGUAGAUGUUAGUGAAAUAAAAACAUAUAUCAUUUCUCUGUCUCUUUACUUCUUCUGUGCGAUGUAAAAUCCUUCUGGUGAAUGGCUUUGCAAGGAAAAAUAAAAUAUUCCCCGGCCACUUCUCUGUUCCUUCCUUUUUGAGUUCUAUAUUGCACUAUAAUGCAUUUUGUGUGGCACAAAUGCUUGAUUUUUGUUUUUUUAUUCUGUUUGACGCUGUAUAGGGUUAAUGCUGUUAAAUCUUUUGAUUUAAAUCAAAGUAAUUUAUUAGUAGAGAGUGAUGCUGAAACAUGAAUUUGUCCUGAAGUCGUCUCACUUACUGGGAUUGUACGUUUGCAAGUGUUGAAGCACAAAAAGUACUUCCAUGUGUUAAUAAUGUGUAAGGCUGUCUAAUAAAUUGGCUUCCAUUAUACCAUA